GCUUAUUGACUUAGUGAGCUGAUAAGAUUGCUUUAGGUGUGUGGCACUUUUUAAUGAUUUAUGGGUUAAAACAGCGCUCUGCUCCCAAACUGACUAGUCAGAGCACCAUAUACCAAAGACAUACAGAGGUCUGGCUCUAGUGUCUCUCAAGAUUCGCCAUGGAAGCCAGACUUACCAUUCUCGGGGUUAUAGUGGCUUGGACAUCAGUGGCAGUCUCGGCUUUCAACUGGACCGCGUCGUCUCCAGCAGACGGGACUUCGAUUCUUUUAUGUCCAGGAGACAAUGUGACCAUUCCGUGGAGUUUUGAGACAAGUCGUGGAGACGCUUUGGUCAACGUUGAAUGGUAUUUCCAGCCAGAAGGGGAUCGUCCACGUCUUCUGGCAACCUACGUGGCAGGAAACUAUCUCACGCCAUCAACAACAACUCAAGAAUUGUCAUUUCUGCCUAACGCUGGCCUCCAGGUGUCCCGAGUGCAGCAAGACCAGUUUGGUGUCUACACGGUGCACGUCAACAUCAACAAAGGCGGCUCCAGCGACACGGAAACACGCAACGUCACCCUCCUCCGCCCAGAACCGCCAGUUGCAAGCGGUGGACGCUUGACAGCGAGCGUGCAGCCCAGGGCUGUCUAUCGGGAGGACACGAGGGAGUGGCACGUGCAACUGGAGUGUGGUACACUGCUUGACAUCGGAAACCCACCCUUCACAGUCUUGUGGACGACUUCUCAGGAGGAGACCGUCAACAGCUCCUCGUACAGCAACGGCACCUUCUACCUGACUCUGCCCAACCCCGCGGAGGGCGGCGACUACACCUGCUCGCUGAGCAGCACUGACCACACCACUGCAUGUCUGAAUCUGAAUCCCUCGCUGGCGAACGGAGCUGCAGUAAAGGUUGAUUCAGUUCUGACGAAGUUUAUGGUGUUGGAGGGCCGCCUCGAGGCGCUGCAGGAGGAGAACAGAGAGCUGAACCAGACGGACAGGACACUGCACCAGCAGGUGAACAUGCUGCAAGCGCAGAACGCAAAUCUUACAUCCCAGCUUCAGCAGCUGAGGAACUCUUGCUCAGUUGCAGGUAGCCACACCAGUGUGGUGCGCCUAGUGGAUGGUAGACGGCCUUCGGAGGGUCGCCUGGAAGUCAAUGUCGAUGGCGUGUGGGGAACGGUCUGUGACGAUGAUUUCACAGUUCAGGCUGCUACAGUAGUUUGCAGAAUGCUGCAGAUCCAUAGCACAUCGCCCGUGGUGCAGAAGAUGGGUACUUUCCCUCCUGGCACAGGCAAGAUUCUACUGGAUGAUGUUCACUGCGAUGGAAGUGAAGCCAGCAUUUUCUCCUGUAACCAUCGCCCCGUCGGAGAAAAUAACUGCCAACAUGUUGAAGAUGUUGGGCUCAGUUGCUAACUCUGAUUUUCUGUCGUAAACAGCUGCCAAUCUCACCUAAUCAAGAAACACAUACACAACUGAACAUAGGUGCUCAGUAAACACUACAAACCACUUUCUGAACUCAUCUGCUUACAAAAGACGGUAUUUAUUUAGAUACUUGGGCUUUGCUUUAGGAUAUUAUCUUUAAAGGGAAAGACUGUAAAUUUUCAGGUAAACUGCUAAGCUGUUGGAUGACAGAUGUAAUUUUUUAUUCAUAUACAGCAGCCAUGCCAGAAGAGGCUGUCAUCAGUAUCGUCAGAAAGCAAUGUAAGGUCGCCCUGUACAAAGAUGUCUUCUCAAUUUUGGAUCAGUUAAGGGAACAUAAACAGAAUUUAGUUCUGUGAA